GUCGGAACCGUAGUCUACACCGGCUGAGUCACUCGGGUUUCUGGAAAGGUUUCCUGCGCCACGCGACCACAUUCCAGAGCGAUUCGGGAAGUUACGGGGGUCGUAGAUUCAGUCGUAGUAGAUCUCGUGAUCUCGUUUGUUGUGUCCUGAACGAAUCGUCGCGUAGCGCGUAGUCCUGGUUCGCUGAAUCAUCCCGUUUCGUGUCGUGGAAAACCGUGUUCCAAGUGUGUGUGUGUGUUGGUGUCGUGACUACCACCCCAAGUGUUGUUGUUCCUUCGAAUCUCCGGUACACCACCCCCACCGAAACCAAGAGGGUGUAGAUUCGCGCUGCUGUGUGCGCUAGUCGACGGUUCGUACAGCUGUGUGAGUUCGCGAAGCUCGUAGAACGCGCGUCCGUGUAGUUGUGUAGCUAUACCGGAAAGCUGCUGCUGCUGCUCUCCCCUGCCCGAAGAAGAUAUCUAGAGACACCAGUCGAGAGCGACCGACAACCUCCACAAACUGCUGCUGCGUGUGUACAUCGGGCGCGGUGAAGAAGUGUGUGAAGAUUUGGAGAGCUAUUGCGACCAGCAGGCUCCUAUUGCACACUCCUUAGGCGUGGACCGACGACGUAGUCUCGGUUCUUUUUCGCGAAACGGCUGCUACCGUGUCCGCCUGGUACCACAUCCUCCGCACUGCCUCCGCCGAAUACCUACAGUUUUCGUGUGAGUUCCGUGUGUUUUUCCGGCGAAAGUGUGUGACAACAACGCCCCAACGAAAAAUAGCCAUUCCGGUGUAGUGUCUUCCUCGAGGCGGUAGUGCUGUAGUCUGUGUUCUCAUAUAGUGUGUUCUUCCUCCCUUUCCGUGCAUGUUCUGAAGUCUCGACACCCAGCAAGGUGUGUUGAUCCAGCAGUGUUGUCGUACGCACACGUACGCAUCGUGCUUAAGCCGGCUGGCAGUGUUGUGUGUGCGGUUUUCGCUGUUCCGGAACCACCGUGUGUGCCAACAUCUGGUUAACCGUGAAAAUUGGAUUAUAUUACCAUAGUGCUGCUGCUGCUGCUGCUCCCGGAUCGAUAGCUCAUUAAGAAGUCGACUCGUCGGACCCUGACGAUCGCCGCUGAUCCAGUCGACUAAGCUCGUGCAAAGGCAGCACGACAGCAGCGCCUCGGAGCGCGUACCCUGGAGCACCUCCGCCCGCGUCGGCCACACUAAAGGGUGCCCAGCGACCGCCCGCCAUGACUAGUCCAGCCGCCGGCGGAAUCCCCGGGGGUCCGUACAGAGGCACCGGCUACGGUUACGCACCGACACAGCAGGCGUACCGGUACACGGCGCCCCUCGCGGCACAGCCCGCCUACGCGACCUACACCCCACACACCACUACCACGGUAAGCUUAUUGGCACCGUCGGAAUCCAACCUCUAUAAUACGAAACAUCAGUACGGCCAGCGAGUCCCGACGGCGGCGUCCCCCAGCAACACCAACUCCAGCAGCUCGUCCAACACCGGUUCGCAGAGCGGCACGCUGAGUACGAGUCUCAGCAACACCAACACAAACAACACGAUGGGCCCGAGCAACACCCCGCAGCAGACGGAGCAGCUGUCCAAGACGAACCUGUACAUCCGCGGCCUGCAGCAGGGCACCACGGACAAGGAUCUGAUCAAUAUGUGUGCACAAUACGGUACUAUCAUCUCCACAAAGGCAAUAUUAGAUAAAACAACAAACAAAUGUAAAGGUUACGGAUUUGUUGACUUCGAAUCGCCGGCGUGCGCCGAGGGUGCCGUCAAAGGUCUCCAAGCGAAGGGCAUUCAAGCUCAGAUGGCCAAAGUGGGUAUCUGGGUGCUACAUAGGCCGGCCAUUCAGCAACAAGAGCAGGAUCCGACCAAUCUGUACAUCGCUAAUCUACCACUGAACUACAAGGAGACCGACGUGGAGAACCUGCUGUCCAAGUACGGCCAGGUCAUCUCGACCCGGAUCUUGCGCGACCAGAACGCACAGUCCAAGGGUGUCGGCUUCGCCCGGAUGGAGUCGCGGGAAAAGUGCGAACAGAUCAUCCAGAUCUUCAACGGCACGCAGCUGCAGGGCGCCAAGGAGCCACUGCUGGUGAAGUUCGCCGACGGGGGCUCCAAGAAGAAGAACCCGUUCAAGAGUCCGGACCCGAACGCGCGGACCUGGCGCGACGGGGCCGAGGGCAUCCCGGUGACGUACGAUCCGAACAUGCAGCAGAACGGCAUCGGCGUGAACGUCGGGGCCCACAUCGGAAUGCCGUACGGCCGGUUCGGAACGCCCCAGGUUGGGGGGUAUGCCGUGCCCGGCUCCCAGUGGGUGCCCAGCUACAUGAUGACGCAGCCGAUUCAGCAGGUCGAUGAUCAGCAGUACGUACAAAUGCAGGCCCAACACAUGAGCGUCGGCACGCCGUACAAGACGGACGCGGUCCAGUCGGUGCAGCCGCGCGGUGUGUCCAUGAUCAUGUCCAGCGAGAACCCGGCGACGGCCGUCCCGUACGGCAUGAUGCCGCAGCUGACCACGCUACAGAUUGGAUCGUCGUACAUCAGCCCGACGUACCCGUACUACGCGCCGACGCCGUCGAUCAUCCACACGAUGCAGAUGGGCGACUCGGAGCAGGCCAGCACGGCGGCCUCACCGGACGAGGCGUACACCACACAGUAUCAGCACGCCCCCAAGUAGAACACCAGCAGCACCGACAGCGCCAACUUCCCGCCGGAUGGGAGAAGGUUCGGGGGCGGUGCGCGUCAGAUCUAGAGAUGUAUGGGGUAAGAAUUGAAGUCGAAGAAGAAGAUCAAUUGCGAGCAGUAGACGCAAAAAAAAGAAGAAGAAGAAAGUCUCCAGUCAUCGUCAUCGUCGUAAUAUCGUCGGAGUUGUUUGCCUCAAUCAACCAACCAGGAACCUAUGAAAUUAACUAGUAACGUCAGCCCCUCAGAGAGAGAGAGAGAGUUGCAAAGAACCUCAGCUCAGCUGGUACCGAUCUUUAGGGAAUAUUUUGUGUGAGAUAUCGAGCACGCGCGCGAGUUCAGGAAAAUUGCCAGGAUCUUUUUUUUUCGAGAGGGACACAGACCGAGAGAGAGCGAGACAGGAAGUAAUCGAUACCUCAGCGAAAACCGUUGAUUUUUACACAAGACUUGAAGCGAAAGCAUACACAACCACACCCACUUCCUACUAGUUCGUCGCAGAUCUAGCAGUUAACAACACCUUCAACAACUUAACUAAAGUACGCCCCCCUCCCUGACAGAGAAAUGCAUGCACGCGAAGGCAAUGGUAGAUGUUUGUUAGGAGCCAGAAUACCCGGGCUGAUCGUGGCAUACAAAGUUUAGAUCAAUCACACACCCCCGUAAACCGCUAUUGACUGUUAAACUUUUACAUUUUUCGAUAUUUUCCAAACCCCCCACAACAAUUCUGGACGACGACCAGCCUAGCAUUGCGCAGAAUAGUUCGCGAAAGUGCGCGAAUCUUCAACUGUUUGUUUCCCCACGCCCCUUUCCCUUAUUUUGUUUGUUAAGUUUUGUACACACGUUUUGUUCUAUUUUCUUUUUUUUUGUUUUCCUUCUGACACGAAAAAACAAACAAAUAAAACUUAUUUAUUUCACCUUCUCUGCGGCAGCCAGAGAACAGAGAAAACGCAUCGCCGAUCUUUUGCAAACGCGCGAGAGUCUGAGAGAAAAACUCGAAAAAACACACCCAAACACACACGAGAAGUACUGAUGAAGUUUAGUUUUUAGAAAAAAAAAAACGACGACGAGGAACCGAAACCAAGUGCGCGAACCUCUAAAAAAACACUGCGAGCAAACCAAAAACGAGAAAAUUUGAUAAGAAGGUCGUCGCGCGCUCGCAAAGCUCUGGAAUUCUCUCUCACUCUCUCGCACAAGCAAAUUGAUGUGACGUCGUGACGUCACGCAGCGAAGAGCGAGAGAAACGCGAGAGUUGCACAGCGUUGCGCGAGCGACGACCGACUGACGAUUGAAGAGCGAGAGAGCAGGAGCGAAAAAUCGCGAGAGGCGAGCUCUAAAAUGUAAUUCCCACACCUUUUUUUUUUGCGCCGCUCGCCAAAUUGCGAGCGCGGAAAGGAGUGAAAAAAUCGUGCGAGCAAGCGGAUGGAGAGUCGCUUUUUUUGUUAGGUUAAUUUUUUAAUUUAUUUUUUGUUCGGUAAGCGAGAUUGAGAUUGAGCGAGCUAGCGAAAGGGAGAGAGCGGAGAGUUUUCGCUUCGAGGAAACGCCGUGGAAGUGGAAAGAGAAAAGUGGAGAGCUGGAAGAAGCUGCAAGUGUGAAAAAGAGCAAAUGCAAAGGAAAGCUAGUUCAUAAUUAUAGUUUUUAGUUGUUAGAUAGACCGAUUUGAAAAUUUACAUUUUAGGAAAGAAAGAACAAGGGACAGAGAUGAGAACUGAGCGAAAUAGAGAAAGAAAAAAAAAGAGAUAGCGGAAGUCAGAACGCGUCGCAGAGAGGAUAAGAGAACGAGUAGGUCGUUUUAUCAAUUUUUCAGUUUUUUUUUUCUACAUUUUUUUGAAUUAGUUCUAUUUUUGUAGUUUGUAAGAGCAAGCAAAGAGAAAAAAAACCCAGAAACUGGAAAUUGAAAACCGCGAGCGAGGAACGAGCGUAUGUUUUGAGACUGAAAGUUGCUUGAACGAUUCCAACUUAGGACAGAAAAAAGCUAUUUUUUGCAAACAAAAGAGAAAAAAGAAAGGCAAACGUGCAAGGCUAACCGGAAAGGGAAAGAAGAAAUGGUUUUGUUUCUCUUUUACAAUUCCCAACUUUUUUUUGUUUGUUUCGUUGUGUAAGGCAGUGUGAAUCUUAAGCAUUAAGAAUGAAGCAAAGGGAUUUUUUCCUCCGCGAAAAAUGAUGAUUGAAUAAAAAGUGAGCGCCGCGGCGCAGUGUGGAAAACUCUGCAAAGCGCGACUAAAAUGAAGCUCCCAAAAAAAAUGAGUGGGCGGUGUCGAACCGUUUGCGAUUAAUUUAUUUUUAAUUAAUAAUCAAUACUCCCUCAGUGUUUUUGUUCCUGGCAAAAAGAGAGUGAAUUUGCUGGGUCAAUGGAGUUAUUUGUGCUGGUCCAUUUGCGAUGAAGGGUGUCGGCGGAAAAAAAGAAGGACCAGAAGUGCGAAGAAAAGAAAGAAAGUGUCCCAAAUAAUUGGUAUUUUUUGUUGGUCCUCCUCAAGCGAUUUCGUCGAGUAGGGGAAGGGGAGGCUCUGAAGUGUGGCGCAAACCACGUGUGACGGAAAUGGGCUGCGAUUGGCCGUUAUGGUGAUGAUGAUGGAGUACUUCCGGUUUGCUGGACACGGGCGUCGUGUAAGUAGUUUUUGGUGAUACAGUUUUGCCUUCGGAAUCGGUUCGUUUGGCCUGAUGGUGGGAGACCGCACAAGUGUGUCCCUGAUGGAUUGAUUGUAAUUAGAUGUUUUUUUGAAGACUGAUGAUCUUCAAUUCAUCAACUGAACUCUUGAAAUGGGAGGAGGUUUGAUAUAAAUAUUGAAUAAUCUGCAAAAAAACAUUCUAAAAGUUUCCGUUCCGUUGCCGGCUCAAGAGUGACGGCAACCAAAUAUCUGAGGAGAAAAAUUAACUUCCGUAAAUUCACUAAUUACAACUUCGGUGUCUUUUCAUAGCUGAAACUAGGGCGUUUUGUACCCAGCGGUGAUGGAGCUGAAGAAUUAACUUUCCGUUAGUUCCCGUAAAUUCACAAAUUACAAUUUAUUUACAACUUCGGUGUCUUUUCACAGCUGAAACAGGUGCGUUUUGUGCCCAACUUGCAUAAGGAAUGUUUUCAACAUUUGACUUUUUGCGCGUUGCAGCAUCUGUCAAAGUACGACUGACGUUUAACCACCCGCUUGCCUCGGCAAGGGGCGCGUUGUCAAUUGGUCCAUGAAAUAUAUAUUUGUGGGACUUGAUUUUUUUUAAUAUUUUAACUAGUGAGUAAUCAGUGAAAACGUUUGAGCUAACUUUACUGUCCUGGAAGGUAUGUUUUUGUAACAUUUUUUUUCAAUUGUCCUCCCUUAAUCCCUUGAUUUAUUUAAUUUUGUUUUACAGUUUUGCCUCAUUUAAGCCUACAAAAUAGCAAAACUUCUGCGGCAAACGGUGAGGUGCAUCAUUGGCGACUGUAUGUGUGUAUUAUUUUGACACUGGACGAACACAAAUCCUACACAGUUUAAGUUUCUCUAUCACAGCCAUCUCGCGGGGUAAGAACGUUCAAUGAAAAAAGCAUGGAAAUUGUGCCUUUUUACAAUUUUUUUGUAACAAGUCACAGGCAUUCCCUAAACUAACACAAAACAAAGCAGCAGAGACUCACACUCACACACGCUCAAAGCGUCGUUAAACAGUGUCACGUGAGUUUGGUAAAACAUUGUAAAAGGCAAAAAGAGAUUAAAAAGAAGCGACGAAAAGCUGAGCUUUAAGCUCGCCACACAGAAGAACGACUGUGCAAAAAAAGGGCAAAUAUAAAGAAAAGGAAACAAAUCAACAAAACUAGUGAAAGAAGUGCUAAGCUGUUAAAUGCAGAAAACAACACACAGACAAAACAAAACUGUAACAAAGAUUCAAGCAAAUGAAAUGAUGAAAAAAUAACACAAAAUAACAGAGAUCAACCAACUCAAUUUUUCUACACAAAUAUUUUUGAAAGUCCCCUUUUGUCGAAUUGUUGAACCGUUUAACGCGAACGAAUGUGAAACACACACACACACAAGGAAAGCGAACUAUUGAACACAAACAGAAAUAAACAAAGAAAAAAACAUGCAAGCAACUAUGACAAAUAUGAAUGUGUGUGAAACCUGUUAUUUUCACCUCGUCGAAUAUCUAGGGAAUAUCGUAAAAAAAAAACAAAACAAAAAAUGUCAACAACAAACCUAAAAACAACAACUAAACAACAAGAACAAAUCAAGAGAACAAACAAAAUAUAUUUUCGAGAGCAAAGAACUAAUCGAUGUCAACAAACAAAAAGGUGGGCUGUUUUGGGGGCGUCUCAGUUUUCGGGCAGCGCCAGUGUUGCCACCUCCGGCGUGAAAAAUAAAGCUGAAAAGAAAUAUGUUCAGUAGGUUUUAUACGUAAACAAAAAGGGUACACCAUCUCGCCGAAUGUGGGACGGUACACCAAACAAACACACAACACACAACACACAAACAAUAUUCUCUGUGAAAAGUUUUGAAAUUUUUGAACAACAUGACGGCGUCACCUAGUGAAGACUAAACUGUUUUAAACCAAACCAAACGAAACAAAACUAUCGAGUAGUAGAAGAUUGCAGCGUUCAUCUUGAGUCCCACCCAUCCCGUUUUUUCGGUGCCGCGAAGAAGAAAAUCGUGGACGCUUUCGGGUGGGGGUGUUUUAGUACGGAUUUUAGUACAAUGCUGUUUUUGCGGAAUGGCGGUGGCACGGUGACUGGCCCAGCAGUGUGUACUGAUAGAACUAAUCAAGCGAUUCAUCAAUUAUUUAUGCAUAUAUACACAAUAUAGGACGAUUAUUAUUUUAGAACAUAAAAGAACAUUUAAAAAAAGGAAAGAGGAAAACCGCUAUGUGAUAGUAUUUCCAAACUGUGAUACGAAUAUUAUUUUUUGUUUGUUUAUUCGAGGAAAAGAGAAAGUCAUCAACUAUUGUAUUGUAUAGCUUAUUUAUUGAAAAGGGGUAAAAAACAGAAGGGAAAAGCAAGUUAAAAAAUAUUCAUAAGGUGUACUAAUCCACUUAUACGCUCUAGUCCACGAAUCACACUCACACUAAUCUCGUUUUUUGCUAGCCACUCUUUGAGACUUGUUUGAUAUGAUGUAAUAUAUCUACGUAUUGGACGCGAAACAGAAACCGAUUUUUUCAUAGGUGUGUGUCGUAUCGCUCACUGUUCUCUCGAUUUUCAGGGACGAUUUUUAAACGUAAGUAUCGUAAUAUUCAAAUUAUAUAUCAAACUAAAGGAAUUUUUAGUACACACUGGCUGCGUUUUCGUGCCCGCCGAAAGCAAAACCGAUCAUUAUUCGCACAAAAGGAAAAGUACUAGCAUUACACAAUUUGUACUAAAAUGCCAACAUCGAAGCGCCGCGACCUCACCAUCCUACUGAUCAUCCUGACCGUGUUUUGGUUUUCGUUUUCUAGUGUAAAAAAAAGACUAAAUCGCCAAACCUUAACCCAACACACCCUUAUGAGUACUCUUGUCUAAAUGUCAUUGAUUUACAAAACUGUACUAAACACUGCUGAAUCUUUUGAAGAGAACAGAAGAACAAAAACACAUUCAUACACGCAGCACUCACUCACUCACCCACACAAACACACACAAACUAUUAACUAAAAGAAAAUAAAAAGACAACUUGAAAAUCUUCCAUCUUCGAAAACACUUAACGAGAACACUAUUAAGGAAAGUAUACAAUAAAUAACUUUAUUAAACAUAAAAUAUAGAAAGAAGCGAAGUUAUGAGAAAAUGAUGAUUUAAACAAUGACUGAACAUAUAUUAACACAAAAAAGAAAAACACAACAAAAAGAAGCAGUUAUAAAAACACACCCCCUUGAAAGAGAGAAACGAAAGUUGUUGAAGUUGUACUAAAAAAGCAAAAAUAACAGUUGUCACUCUCUCUGUCUGCGCUCGCGGUCAUCACUGAAAUUUUAAGCUAUAUUUUCUUAUUUAUCUGAAAGAGAGAGGAAAAUAUAACCACACAAGAGAACCCAAUCAAAUUGGUGAUGCACGCCGCACAGACAGAGCAGAGAAAGUCGGACUAUUUUUACCCUGAAAACACAUUUAGUACAGCAGCAAGGAAGCGCAACCAGGCUGAGGGAAGUGACAUUGAAAACUGUCACGACGGUACUCUUGUACACCGGAAAAAGCGUUAAAAUCAGACAAAUUUGAGGACUGGAUAGAACUUGAGUUAGAUACUAUUAUUUUGAUGAGAACAAUCCAGAAUAGAACGUACUUAACGAGAAAGACGAAACCCCAUAUUGCAGCGAGAUCUGAAGUAGAACAAAACAAAAACAGGAGACGACACUGAGCAAACAAAACCUUGAAGAAGAAAAAACACACACUCACAACAAAAAAGAAAAACAAGUAAAUCAAAACCAUUGUAGAAGAGAGUGACACGGUUUCGCACGUGACUUUUUUUGGAACCAUUUACCUUUUAUCCCAGAGUUGAAAACAGGAGACACACACAAACAACACACGCCCAAAAUAUUCACAGAAUUUUGUGCGCUGAGUAGGCGCAGAACAACUUGUGCAAUUUUUGCUUCGAUUUUUGGCGCACUCACGAUUGGGUUUAACGCUCCGAUUUUGUGGUUCGACCGUUACCAAGUGUUACUUUGUACAGUAAUGUUGGUUGAUUUGAUCAAAUUGCAUUGUUUUUUUCAGUUAGAAUUUUUGUUUUAAAUUUAUUUCGACUCACUUUGGUUGAAGUGAAUUUCAAAGAUGUUUUCUGCAAGUUGAUAAAUUUAAGCGAAAAAAAACGUAGGUGAAUGAAAAAAAGUAGACAAAAACUGAAAAAAACCUAAAAAAAACAGUAGUCGCAGAAUAGGAGACGAAGGGGAAUGAAGCAAGAGAAAA